UGUGAACGAACGGGUAGGAUUUGCAGGGAGACUCGGUUUUUUUUCCAUUUCGCAUGAUGCAAUCUUGCUACACCGCGUUUGAUUUGGCAUCAAAAGAAUACGCUUCUACUGCUUGAUAACACUGAAUAGGAACAAAGGAUUUUCCAUUUUUUUUAAAAAAAUUGCAUUAUCAGUGCAGUUUUCUGCAUAUUUACUUGGAGAAGUCCUGCUGUUUUCAGAGGAUCUUAGUCCCAGAUAAGCAUAGAUGCGAUGUGCUGUCAAGUUGGAAUUGACAUAUAGCCACCCUAACAGGGCUUUCAAGCUUUUUUUUUGAUUUGAGGACAUUCCACAACUUGCUUUCCCCUCUUUUGUUCUUCACUAACUUCUCUGGAACCAAGUUAUGUCCACUGCUGCAUUAAUAAAUCUGGCUAGAACCAGGGGACACCAAGCAAGGAGAGUGCUGCUAACAUCUCGCAUUUUGCAAGACGAAAAGCGUGUAACAGUUGUAUGCCAGAGCUCUACCAGUGAACGCAGAACCUCCCGCUUUGAUCUGGAUGGUAGUGGCCGCCCUGCCACAUGGGACUCCUUUGGCAUUUGGGACAACCGCAUUGAUGAGCCAAUCCUCCUGCCACCAAGCAUAAAAUAUGGGAAGCCAAUCCCCAAGGUCAGCCUGUCACAUGUGCAUUGUGCCAGCCAUAUUGGGAAACGGAAAGAAAAUGAAGACCGAUUUGAUUAUGCCCAGCUGACUGAUAAUGUCCUAUAUUUUGCUGUUUAUGAUGGACAUGGUGGGGUGGCAGUUGCUGAGUUCUGCAAUAAGCACAUGCGGAAAUAUAUCCAAGAAUUUCUCGCUGAAGAGCAGGACAUGGAAUUAGUAUUGACCAAAGCCUUUUUAGAAAUAGACAAAGCAUAUCAGCGACAUGCUCACUUAUCUGCCAAUGCUUUCUUGCUGAACGCUGGAACCACAGCAACAGUGGCUCUGCUGCGAGAUGGGAUUGAGCUGGUUGUGGCCAGUGUUGGUGAUAGCCGUGCACUUUUAUGUCGCAAGGGGAAAGCCAUGAAGCUGACCGUUGAUCAUACGCCUGAAAGGAAAGAUGAGAAAGAAAGAAUCAAGAAAUGCGGUGGCUUUAUAGCCUGGAACAGCUUGGGACAGCCUCAUGUGAAUGGCAGACUAGCAAUGACCCGCAGUAUAGGAGACUUAGAUCUUAAAAAAUAUGGUGUGAUAGCUGAACCAGAAACGAAACGGGUUCAGUUGCAACAUGCAAGUGACAGCUUCUUGGUCCUUACUACAGAUGGCAUCAACUUCAUGGUGAACAGCCAAGAGAUCUGUGAUUUUGUGAACCAGUGUCACGAUCCUGCUGAAGCAGCUCAUGUAGUUACCGAGCAGGCCAUGCAAUACGGAACAGAAGAUAACAGUACUGUCGUUGUUGUGCCUUUUGGAGCAUGGGGCAAAUACAAAAAUUCAGAGAUCAACUUCUCAUUCACCCGGAGCUUUGCCUCAAGUGGGAGAUGGGCAUGAGAGCAUAUCUGUAGAUAGAGCAACGUAACUAUCUUAUCCCUCUCUGCCAGCAGCUAUAGUUUUCUGUCUGGCUAGCAAACUGCUGUUAACUUGAUGUUGCCUCUUAAUGAACAAGUAGGUUUAGUGCUUUUCUCAAGCCAACAAUGUCCAUCUUCUCCUUUUUAGGUAGGGCCAGAACUCUGGCUCUUUGUACCUGGCUGACACCUUUUUUUUAGAUAUUUAGUACCAAGUAUACAUAUAUUAUAUACGUGGUAUGUUUAAAGGCUGAGAGAGCAUGGCCAAGGCAAACAUGACCUGAAUUUGCAUGGUGUUGCAAAUAGAGAAGCAGUUGCAUAAGAACAGGGGAAAUGGCACAUCAUCUCUCUUGCCAUUACAGAUAUUUUCUUGCUUGGGUGAAAAGAGGUAGACAAAAGCUAGUAGCUGUGGGAUUAAGAGAGUGCAUCCGUGGCCAUUCUUUGCUUUGGUCUGCUGCUUUCAAGGAAACCUCCAACAUUAAAUCUGGUUUUAGUCUAGCCCAACUCUAAAAAGAAAUAUCUCAACCUCUAGGCUGGCACACGUCCCCCUUUUUAAAAAGCAGAGAGUGAGUUUUACAGUUUGAAGCUUACAUCUCUUUGUUUGUUUGGGGGGCCUUUGGCCAGUGUAUCGCUAGAAGCAUAUGUUACAGUCUUUGAGACAACCAGGGGCUCGAGGUUAACAAGGGGAACCAUGUUGUGUGCCUUCAGAUAGAUGAAAGCUACAUAAAUCUGUUGUAUUUAUUAAUCUUCAUCAAAUACGCUAAUCUAAGAAAUCCUCUUUACUUUUAAAACAUGCUCUCCAUGAGCCAAACUGUUAAAAUAAUGUAUUGUUCUUCUAUUACUUUUUGAAUGUUCAUUCUCUGAAUUUGACUUAGUAGUCAUUAAAAUAUAUAUACUGUCUUAGACGCACAAAGA